AGAGACGAAAUUCCUUGACAUUUCGUUGCUAGCAACUGCUAGAUGUUCAUCUGAUUUUUGACGAUUAAAAUGACGCAUUUACAACUAAAAGAGGGAGAAUAUACAUCGACAAUAUAUUCUUUGAUAAAAGACCAGCGAUAUAAUGAUGCAGUUCAACUUCUUAGUAGUCAAGUCCAGGGACACACAAAGUCCAGAGCUGCCUUGUCACUUCUUGGUUACUGCUACUUUCAAAUGCAAGAUUUUGUCAAUGCUGCUGACUGCUAUGAAGGACUGAGUAUGAUGCAUCCAGAAAUCGAGGAUUACAAACUGUACUAUGCUCAAGCCUUGUACAAAGCCUGUCUGUAUACAGAGGCUAUGAAAGUAGCCUGUCAGAUUGAUAAUCCUCAGUACCAAAGUCAGAUAACCAAAUUACAAGCUGCCAUCAAAUUUGGAGAGGAGGAUUUACCAGGAGCUAAGAGUUUAGUAGAACAGUGUCCAUCAGAUGAUCCUGAUACAGAGAUCAACCUUGGCUGCCUUCUAUAUAAGGAUAAGAUGUAUGAGGAAGCUUGUCAGAAGUUUACCACAGCCAUGCAGAUUCUAGGAUACCAGCCCCAGCUGUCCUACAAUAUUGCUCUGUGUCACUACCAGAUGAAGCAGUAUGCCCCCGCCCUGAAGCACAUUGCUGACAUCAUAGAGAGAGGCAUUAGAGAACACCCUGAGCUGAGUGUGGGAAUGACCACUGAGGGGAUAGAUGUCCGGAGUGUGGGUAACACCCUGACCCUGCAUGAGACAGCUCUGGUGGAGGCAUUCAAUCUCAAGGCGGCCAUCGAAUACCAACUCAAAAACUUUGAUGCUGCCUGCGAGGCUCUGACAGACAUGCCCCCCAGGGCUGAGGAGGAACUGGAUGCUGUCACCCUCCAUAACCAGGCUCUGAUGAAUAUGGAACAGCACCCCACCCAGGGAUUUGAGAAACUGCAGUUCCUUCUCCAGCAGAAUCCGUUCCCCCCGGAGACAUUUGGCAACCUGUUGCUACUCUAUGUUAAAUACGAGUAUUUUGACUUGGCUGCAGAUGUACUUGCUGAAAAUUCUCACCUGACGUUUAAAUUUCUGACUCCAUACCUGUAUGACUUUCUGGAGGCUGUGAUUACCAGUCAAACCUCUAAAGAAGAGGCCUACAGGAAACUGGAAGAGAUGGCCAAGAAUCAGACCGAGACACUCAGUAAACUCACUAAACAGGUCCAGGAGGCUCGACAAAACCAUGAUGAUGAGGCUGUCAAGAGAGCAGUCAACGAAUAUGACGAGGCUCUGGAAAGGUACAUACCAGUUUUGAUGCAACAGGCCAAAAUAUACUGGGACAUGGAAAAUUACCCUCACUUGGAGAAAAUAUUCCGGAAGUCUGUGGAAUUCUGUAAUGAGCACGAUGUCUGGAAGUUGAAUGUGGCGCAUGUGUUGUUCAUGCAGGAGAAUAAAUACAAAGAAGCGGCGGGAUUUUAUGAACCCAUCGUCAAAAAGAAUUAUGAUAAUAUAUUGAGCGUUAGUGCUAUCGUCCUAGCCAAUCUCUGUGUGUCCUACAUCAUGACCAGCCAGAAUGAGGAGGCUGAAGAACUGAUGAGGAAGAUUGAGAAAGAGGAGGAGCAAUUGUCGUAUGACGAUUCUGAAAAGAAAAUCUACCAUCUCUGUAUUGUCAACUUAGUGAUAGGGACUUUGUAUUGCGCAAAGGGUAAUUAUGAGUUUGGAAUUUCCCGCGUGAUCAAGUCUUUGGAGCCGUACAAUAAGAAGCUAGGAACGGACACGUGGUAUUACGCCAAACGCUGUUUCCUAUCUCUGAUAGAGAAUAUGGCUAAACACAUGAUCAUGAUGAAAGACCAGGUCGUACAGGAGUGCAUCCAGUUUCUGGAGUGUUGUGAAAUGUAUGGAAAGGACGUAAAAGCGUUAAUCGAACAGCCAUUGGAAGCCGAGCCAAUGCAUCCUGGGAAGAAUACCGUGACGUACGAAGCCCGACUACUGAAAAGUUUAUUGCUUCAGCUGAUCUGAAUCAAUCUUGUGUUUUAUUUGUUGGAGUUUAAAUCUCUGGAGAACAAUAAUAUAUUUAUUUAUAUUCCUCUGACGUAUAAACGAUUCAAUAAAUGUUUUGUUAUUUAACCAA